AUGGUGUUGAGUUUAUUAGCAAAUUUGAUCUUACCCUUAUCUUUUUUUUUCUUGCUAAGAAAAAUCCUUGGUCAGAUAGUAUCUGAAAAGGAAUCAGGUAUGAAGGAAUAUUUAUUGAUUAAUGGCUGCGAUAUUAACUCUUAUCACUUGAGUUAUCUCGUAUCUGAGGGUAUCCUAGCCUUUUUACAUAUAUUUGCUUAUCUUGGGACUCAUCUCUCAGGCUAUGUUUAUCUCUCAUAUGUUUCAAAAAUCGAGCAUGGCUUCGUAAUUAGGUAUAAAUUGACACCAUUUUCAGUAUACUUGAAAGUGAAAGAAAUUCAUGAUGCAAUUAAUUAAAACAGAGCUAUCAAUCAUGAUGAAACUCAUCCCUAUCUACUAAUGUUGUUCCCACAUCAUAACUUCAAUAAAGUCUAGUACUCUCUUUUUUCAGAAGAUAAGUUUGAAGACAAUCACAAGAUAAACAGAUAACUCUAUUUCAUAAUGCAAGGAUUUGACAUUGUCUUCUACUUUAUCCUAAAUAUGAUCAUUGAAAAUAGAAGAGUGAUCUACAAGAAUUUCAAGAGACUAAGAUAUCAAACUAAGAAUGCUCAACUUAAUAAGAAAAAUAUUGAAGAUGAGGCUGACUUGCUUUCGCAAAAGAAUAAUGAAAAAUUUAGUGAGGCUCGUAAUCCAUUCCUUUAGUAUGUGAAUGUUACUAAGAAAUUUGGAUCCUAUAAGGCUGUUGAUAAUCUAAGUUUAAAUCUGUUUAAGAAUCAAAUAUUCUGUUUGCUAGGUCAUAAUGGAGCUGGUAAAACAACAGCCUUAAACAUUCUGACAGGAAAUCAUAGACCCAAUUAAGGUACUAUUUAUAUGAGGUCAAAAACUUAGGGUAGUCUUGACAUUACUUAGGAUAUAAAUAUGAUCAGAUUAAAACUAGGUCUCUGUCAGUAGCAUGACAUUCUAUUUGAAUAGCUUACUAUUCAAUAGCAUUUGGAAUUGAUAUGUAGAUUAAAGUUGCUUAGUUAGGCUAAGAUUAAGGACAGGAUAUCUGAAAUUCUUGAAACUGUGGCUUUGACCAAGGAUAGGAAUAAGAAAGUAAAGGAGCUAAGUGGUGGUAUGAAGAGAAGAUUGUCAAUUGCUAUGGGUAUUGUGGCUGAAAGUGAAGUAUUGAUUUUAGAUGAACCCACCACUGGUCUAGAUCCAAUAGUGAGAGAUAUGAUUUGGAAUUUAAUUAAAGAUCUAAAGAAGGACAGAUGUAUUUUGAUGACAACUUAGCAUUUAGAGGAGGCUGAACAGUUAGCAGAUAGUUUAGCACUUCUUGAGACUGGUAAAUUGGUAUCACAAGGAUCUGUUGAUGAUAUAAAAAAGCGUUUUGGGGUAGGCUACAACCUUAAAAUCUCAAAUAGAGAUGAAAGCAUUAUAAGCCAAGAUAGAUUGGAUUAACUUAAAGAAUUAGUUAGCUUCCAUGUCCCUGGAAGUUACUUGAAGUAAAAUGAGCUUUUUAUGAGAUCAUCAGUUGAAUAUAUAUUGCAUAUUAAUCAGAUCGACAAUUAUCACAGGCUAUUUAGAGAACUUGAAAAUAUUCAGGAUAUCACUUUCAAGGUUGUCUUGAAUAGUCUAGAGGAGGCAUUCUUAAACUUUUCAAAUGUUAAGAAGCAAAAUUUACAGUCAGCUGAAUCUAGUGAAAGCUCUAAGAUACCUUUUGAUGAUAGUAAGAAAGUUGGGAAUAUAAUAAUUAGCUAAACGAAGGGAAUUCUCUUAAAGAGAUGGUAUAACUUUAAAAGGGACUGGAGAAUGUGGGGACUACUUGUGCUUCCUUUGGUGAUAAUAUUUAUUGUGAUUACCUAUGGAUUUGUAAAGAUUAAGGAAUUGGAAUCAUACGAUAAACUCUACAACUCAACGUCUAAAGCCAACUUAAAACCAGUUUAAGACUAGAAAAUUAUCAAUGAGCUUAAUUAAGUGAGAGGAGUAAACAUAUCAGAUAAGAAUGCUGCUAAGUAGAAAGGUAAUAAUGAUGUAGACCCAUAAUUCUAAAAAUACUUUGAUGAUGAAGAUGAUGAAUUCUUUAAGCCAUAAGAAUUGCCAGAAACAGAAACUCUUGAAGAAAUCAUGCUAAAAGAGGCGGAGAAACGAAAGGAAAGAAUGAUGAAAGAAGGUUUAGAAUAUGCUUUUGAAAUUAUGUACGCAGUUUGGAUAGUGCUAUCUCUGAGUUUAUGCUCAGGUAUGUUUGUAGAGAUCCCAGUUAAGGAGAGAUUUUUAAAGCUAAGGUAUUACUUGAAGGUUAUUGGAGUAAAUUAAUAUGUUUAUUGGUUUGCUAAUUUGCUAUUCGAUAUGUUUAUUAUUAGCUUUUGGGUUGGAAUAAUGAUUGCUGUGAUAUACCCUUUGAAAUUAAAUGCUUUUAUAAUCGAAAUUGAGAAGACUUUGAUCCUUUUGAUUAGUUUUGGUUUUGCACAUAUCGGAUUGAGUUAUUUUGUAAGCUUUUGGUUUACCUCAGCUGAUAGUGCCAUCAAGGUAUUUUCAUUCAUUUACAUGACAGGUGGAUUUUUCUUCCCAUUCUUAAUCAAGAACAUGAUCUUCUUAUCAUUUGGCUGUGAGGCUUUUCAUUUAGCAGAGGUUAUCUGCGCUUUUGUGCCGCUUUAACCUCUUUAUAUUGGUAUGAAAGACAUCAUCUGGUCAGCUCACAAAGACUUUCUUGAUGAAUAACAGUCUAAGACCAAGUAGAUGAAUGAAUUCAAGAACGUACCUGCUGAGGCUUAAAAACGAUUUGAGGAAGCGAAGCAGCUUGCAGAUUCAUGUCCUAAUAACUUUACUACAAUUAAUGAAUGUCUUACAGUGCUUUUAGUUUCAGGGGUGUUUUACUUGGUAUCUGUAAUUUUACUAGAAAAUAUAAGGGAGAGAAGACUUAGAAAUUCUGAGAAAAAAGCAACUAUUGAGGAGGACCAAAAGGAAAAAGAAAUCAUGGAAUAGAGUGUGCAUGAGAAAAAUAACAUAAGAACAAUUUAAGUAUCUAAGACUUAUAAUGGAAAAGUUAUGGCUGUUAAAAAUUGCAGCUUCAAUGUAAAAGAGAAUUCAAUCUAUGGAUUAUUAGGUCCAAAUGGUGCUGGCAAGUCUUCUACUUUUAACAUGCUUACUUUAUAAAUCUAGCGCACUGGUGGAAGGAUUGAAAUUUAAAAGCAAAGCAUUUCAGAUUUGAAGACUUUCAGGCCUUAGGAUAUAUCAAUUUCAGCUUAGGAUCUAAUCCUUUGGCCUAAUCUUACAAUUAUGGACCACUUUAAAAUACUUGGCUAGUUCCUAGGUUAUUAGCCUACUUAUAGCAUGGAGCUAUACGAAUAUAUCUCAAAGAAACUAGACUUAGACAAGCCAGAUAAGCUUUAGGAUAUUUUAAGCGGAGGUAAUAAACGUAAACUUCAAACAGCUCUCACUAUUUUCGCAAACCCCUCUAUUAUAUUCCUUGAUGAACCCACAGUUGGACUUGAUCCAGUUGCUCGUAGAUCAGUAUUACAAUUAGUAAAGCAAUAGAAUACCCAGCACAAUACAAAUUCAGUCCUCUUUACCACACAUAGACUAGAUGAAGCUGAGUAUCUAUGUGACUAAGUUGCAAUUAUGAUAGGUGGAGAGAUUGUGUGUAUGGGAUCACCUGACUAUCUUAAGAGCCAGUAUGCUGAUAGCUUUUUAAUAUUAGUUAAAAACCCUAAAGACUAGAUACUUAACAGAUUGUAAAAACUAAUCUAGAGAUAGAAUCCAGAUAUAUCGCUUGAUCAAAUCAAUGAGCAAGUAUAGCUGUUUAAUUCAAACACUGCAAGUGAUAACUAAGUUUAAGAAGUUUAUAAAGUGGAUAAGAAAUCUGCAAAGAUUAGCUAGCUAUUCGAAGAAUUAGUUAAGAUGAAAUCUGUAGAAAAUGUGAUUGAAGAUUUUUCAUUCUUUGAAGCCUCGCUCUAACAAGUAUUUGUCAGAAUUAACAAUCUUAAUCAAUGA